CCGCUGCAUGAUGCCCACAUGGCAACAAAUCUGACGACAGUCAACGGUGCUCCUCUACCGCCGGGUAUCACAUACUUCUCUCGCAUUACCGACAUAGAUCAUGCUGGUUAUGUUUGGAUUGUCGCAUUACUCUCCUUGAUAUAUCCCUUUGGUACUUUGAUAGUCCGGUUCAACGUCAGACGAUUGGGUGUUGCUGGUAGCAACAUCUNNGUUGCUGCUUGCCAACAUAUCCCUGUCUUCGUCGGCUUGAAGGCAGGAUUCGGCCAGUCGAGUAGGAUACUCCAGAAGGGCCAGAUAUCGAUCAUUGAUCAAGCCAUCUACGCAGCUGAAGUACUGUUCAUCCUAGCAUACACGCUUUCGAAAGUCUCCCUCGCAUUAUUCGUCAGGCGUCUCUUUACCCACAACACAAGGCUCAAUGCUGUAUUGUGUUGGUCAUUACUGAGCCUUACCAUUGCAUGGGGUGUUGUGGCUCUGUUUGCCCUUCUGAUCGACUGCUCGCCAUAUCACUUUUUUUCCCACGCAGCCAAAUGUCCAUCCUAUAUCGCUCGCUGGCGAGCCGUGACAAUACUCGACAUCAUCACAGAAACUGCACUGAUGGUAGUUCCAUCCUACCUAGUGUCUGGUGUUAUGAUAGGCUCGCGACCAAAGAUGCUUGUCAUGACCGCAUUUGCAUUCAGACUCGCGGUGGUUGGCUUUUCCAUCACGCAUCUGCGACGACUCUCUCAAACGGUCGGCGCACAAGACAAGGGCUUCUCCUUCAUACCACCAGCCAUUUGGAUUCAAAUCUGGCUGGCAUGGUCUCUAGUCAGCGCAUCAAUACCUUCGUUCCGAUCGUUCAUGAAUCCUCUCGAGAACAUCACUAUCGCAAAGGCAGACGACUCUCACAGUGCGUCGCGAUCCGAGGUCAAUGGCGCGUAUCUGCUGAUGGGCCCUAUCAAAUCACAUCAUCGAAGUCACAUCGCAUCGGCGCGAUCCGCGUCUCAAGGAUUGAGCUCGAACUCAAAGCUAGGCACAAGGACGUCAGUCCACCAUGCACAUCGCGAUCGGAUUGUCGACGAGAACUCGUCUAUCAGCUCGCAAACAGGCAUUAUUCGCAAGGAGGUGGAAUGGCAGAUUACCCACGACCAUGACCCGCUGUAA